GCGGCGGCUUCGAAUGCGGCCUAGGGCGCGGGUGUCCGGCUUUCUGGUGGCCGUUCCUCGCCCGCCCGCUCGCUCUCCGAGACUCCGCUCUCUGGCCUCGCUCCGGGACGCUGUCGCUCGGCCUGAGACCUUCCCGUCCCCGCCAGAUCCGAGGCGGCCGCAGCUGGCGAACUGGGGGCGGCCGAGCCCCGCCGUGGUCGCCAUGGCAUGCAGUCUGCAGAAGCUCUUUGCUGUGGGAGAAGAGUUUGAAGACGAGGAUUUCUUGUCGGCUGUGGAGGAUGCCGAGAGCCAGUGUGCUGGCCCGUGGCCCAUGAGAGCUGCGUGCCUGCAGCCUGGCCCUUCCAGACCCCAGGACAGUGUGUCCGAACAGCUGCCGGCCUGUCCCCCUGCACCUUCGGAGGCCUCAGGCCUGCCAGCCCGGGGUCUCCGCCUCCCAGCAAUCAGUUUGCAGAGGCCUCCAGCGUCCGUGGGAACAGCUGCUCUCGGGCCCGAGUCUCCUCCCUGUGGCCCGGAGAAAGGGACCCUUUCCAAAGUGGGAGCCCCGCCCUUGGCCCCCCGCCCCGGGCUCGCCUUUGAGAGCCAGCAGCCGGGGCUUGGUGAUUUCGAGGGCCCAGAGCAAGAUGAAUUUGAUAAGGUGCUGGCAGACAUGGAGCUGGAAGGGCCUGGCCUGGAGCCGACGCCUGGCCUCUUCAGGGAGGCCCAAGGAAUCCUGCCGACGGAGGACACGCUCUCCACUAAAAAGGCUCCCCCUGGAGGCCCAGUGCUGUGGGUGCCUCGAAUGCUCAGCAUGUCCGCCCGGAAGUCUGGCCCCCAGAGCCUCCUUUCCGGGCCCCUCAGCCUCCUCAGACUGCUGGUGGGGCCCUUCAGAGCAGCCCGCGAGGUCACCUCCCCAGUCAGCCCUGCCUGUCUCCAACGUGCCCCCAGGCCCUGUGGGGACUCUCCUAUCGGGACCCCGAAAGGCCCCCAGGCGGCUCUGCAGACUCCCAUAGUGACUAACCGCCUGGUCCAGCUGGUCAGCGCUGCCAAUCGGACACCACAGCAGCCGCCCCGCCCUGGCCCCCGCAGCAAGGCCCGCCGCUUCCCGGGCCCCGCCGGGGUCCUGCCUCACCAGCACAGUGGGAAAAAUCUGGAGGAGAUCAUGGUCUCCACGCCCCAAACCCCAACUCACGGGGCUUUGGCUAAACUCCGGACCAAGGUAGUUACCAGUUCUCAGACAUCAGUGGAAGAGGACUUUGGGCGCGGGCCCUGGCUGACCAUGAAAUCGGCGCUGGGCCUGGACGAGAGAGACCCCGCCUGCUUCCUGUGCUCCUACAGCAUCGUCAUGGUGCUUCGAAAGGCAGCUCUGAGACAGCUCCCCAGGAACAAGGUCCCCAGCAUGGCCGUGAUGAUCAAGUCCCUGACCCGGAGCACCGUGGAUGCCAGCGCCGUGUUCAGGGACCCCACGGGGGAGAUGCAGGGCACGGUGCAUCGGCUGCUGCUCGAGUCCCGCCACAGUGAGCUAAAGCCAGGCUCAGUGCUGCUGCUCAAGCAGGUUGGCGUGUUUUCUCCUUCGCUCCGGAACCACUACCUCAACGUGACACCCAGCAACCUGGUCCGCAUUUACUGCUGCGACACUAGAGACGGGGGCCUGGGCACGGAGCCCGCAGACUCCCAGGAUGGCCUCCUUCAGGACGAGACAGGGAAGCCUGAGAAAGGCCUCACCCCAGCCCGGACUCCGGAGACUGGGGCAGCCCCUGAGGAGGAGCUGCCUGAAGCAGAUGACCUGGACGGGCUCCUGAGCGAGCUCCCGGAGGACUUCUUCUGCGGGACCAGCACCGGGCAGCCACCCUGAGCCUCACCGCUGUCGGGCAGCCUCUGCUGGUCAGGUCACGGUCAUGGGCAGCUGGAGGAAAGGCGGGGCUGGAGCUCGU